AUGUCAAAAGAUACUAAAAUAAAAGAUUUAAAUUAUUACAUUGACUGGUUAGAGAAAUCGAUUACCGAAGAACAUAUCGAAUUAUAUGAAUAUUCAGACUUCAAAAAUAUUCAACUGAUAGGAAGUGGCGCAUAUGGAAAUGUUUAUCGUGUUAAUCGAAAAUAUUCUAAUCGUAUUUUCGCUUUGAAAUCUUUUAAUUAUGAGAAACAAACUCUUAAUGAAGUUGUAAAAGAGUUAAAAUUACACCGAAGUGUUAAUUAUCAUGAAAAUAUUAUACGGUUGUAUGGAAUCACAAGAGUUGAAAUUGGCACAAUCCAAAAAUAUUCUUUUGUAUUGGAAUACGCCGAUAGCGGUACAUUAAAUACAUAUUUAAACGAGAAUUUUAAUAAGCUCGAUUGGAAUGACAAAUAUUACUUAGCGUCACAGCUUGCUAGUGCUAUAGAAUUUUUGCAUGAAAAAGAUACUAUUCAUCGUGAUUUGCAUGGAAAUAAUAUACUUGUACAUCAGAAAAACAUUAAAUUAGCAGAUUUCGGGUUAUCAAAAAAAAUAGCUGAAGCAUCAAGUAAUACAUCAAAAAUACUUGGUAUAAUGCCUUACAUAGAUCCGAAGAAAUUGGAAAAUCAAAAUUAUAAAUUAGAUAAAAAAUCUGACGUAUAUAGUAUUGGAGUUUUACUAUGGCAAAUUUCAAGUGGAUAUAAACCUUUUUAUGAACUUGAUCAUGAUGCAGGAUUAGUUUUAGCUAUAUUGAAUGGUAAAAGAGAAGAAAUUAUCAACGGAACUCCUAUUAAAUAUAGUAACUUAUAUAGAGAAUGCUGGAAAUAUGAACCAAAUGAACGACCAAAUAUACAGAAAAUUGUUUCAGCACUUAGAUCAAUAACGUCUCUUGAGGAAAUUAAUACAACUAUGAUAAAUAAUUUUAUUGAAAAAAAAGAAAAUCAUUUAUCGGAAAUAUAUGAAACAAAUUCAGAAUUAAGCAAAGAAACCAUAGAUUUAAACAAUGAGUUAAUGUCAAACAAUGAAUUAAGUUUAGUUGAAUAUAACACUAAAUCAAACGAAAGUGUAAAUAGCGAAUCAAAGAUAAAUGAUAGUGAAGAAACUGAUCAACUCAUUUCACAUAAAAUUCCAAAAUCUUCAAAAGUAAGACAAGAAUCUUUAAUAGAUAAUUCAGACUAUUACUCAUCAUCUACCGACGUUACAGAAGCAAUAAAAGCAGUAAUAAAUAAUAAUAAUACAAUCCAAAAUCAAAAUUAUGAAAAUAGUUUAUUAAGUGCAAGCUCAGAUCAAGUAACAAGAAUGUCGAUAGAUCUUAUUGAAUUUAUCAAUGUCGAUAGUUUAAUUGCAUUUUUGAUUGAAAAACAUGAUAGAGGCAUCACUUUUGAACAAAUUCAACAAUUAAUAAGCAAACAAAUAUUACAAACAAAUCAAGCUACAGAUCGUUUUAUAAAUUGGUUAUUAAAAAAUCAAAAUCAAUCAAAAUAUAUUUGGUUUUUUGGGUUAUUUUAUUAUUAUAAUAUUCUUUUAGAAAAAAAUAGUAGCAUCAAAGCAUUUGAAUUGUUUUCAAAGGCGGCAAAUGAUAAUUAUUCAAUUGCACAAGUUUAUCUUGCUAAAUGUUAUUAUGAUGGAUAUGGAGCUGAAAAUAAUUAUUAUUUGGCAUUUUAUUGGUAUCAAAAAUCCGUUGAAAAUGGAAGUAUUAUUGGACAAUUUUAUUUAGGAAAUUGUUAUGAAUUCGGUAUUGGAACUGAAGAAAACGAAAAAAAAUCAGUAUAUUUUUAUAAAGAAGCAGCUAGAAAUGGAAAUGUCAUUGCAAGGCUUUAUCUUGCAAAUUGUUAUAGAUUAGGAAAAGGAAUUGAAAAAAAUGAGAUUAAAGCAUUUAAAUAUUAUGAAACAUUAGCAAAACAAGAAAUUUCUGAUGCUCAACUGCGACUUGGCGAUUGUUAUUAUUAUGGAAUUGGAACAAAAAUAGACAAAAUUCAAGCUAAAUGUUGGUACGAAAAAGCAACAAACAAUGGAAAUAUUAUAGCAAAAAAUAUCCUUAAAAGGAAUUAUAAUAUAAAAUCAUAUGCUGAAAUGGAUAAAUCUAAAAAAAUCAAGUUUUAUAAAAUAUUAUUUAAUAAAAGUUUAAGUCAGCUUGGAUUUUAUUAUUUUGGAAAAUUAUUAUUAAAAACAAAUUAUGAAAAAUCAUUCUACUAUUUUCAAAAAGCAGCAGAAAAUGGAUGUAAAUUUGCACAAUUCAAUUUAGGUGGGUGUUAUCAAUUAGGAGAUGGAGUAAUGAAAGAUUUAAGAAAGUCUUUUGAAUUAUAUAAGAAUUCUGCUGAACGAGGAUACAUAAAUGCACAAUCACAACUUAUUUAUUGUUAUACUUUUGGAUAUGGAACUGAAAUAGAUAGAGUAAAAGCAUUUGAAUUAGCCAAGACAAUAGCUGAAAAAGGAUAUGGAGAUGUACAAUAUUUAUUGGGUCAAUAUUAUAUACAUGGAGAAGGAGUUAAUAAAGAUGGAAAAAAAGCAUUUGAAUUAUUUAGAAAAUCUUUUAAAAAGAACAUCAAAUAUUUAUCCAGUAAUAAAAAAAUUAUGAUAAAUGAGAAAAAGGAUUUUGAAUAUUCUAAAUUAUUUGCUAAAAUUAUAAAUAUUAAUUCAUAUAUCAAUCUUGGGUAUUGUUAUGAUGAGGGAAUUGGAACUGAAAUCAAUAAAAUGAAAGCAUAUAAAUAUUAUAAAAUAGCAGCUGAAAAUGGAAAUGAAACAGCACUAUAUAAUUUAGGCUAUUGUUAUUUAAAUGAAAUUGGUGUUGAGAAAGAUGAAAAAAAAGCAUUUGAAUAUUAUAAAAAAUCAGCUGAUCAAGGAUGCUUAUAUGCUCAAUCUCAACUUGGAUAUUGUUAUGAUGAGGGAAUUGGAACUGAAGUCAAUAAAGUAAAGGCAUUUAAAUUAUAUAAAAUAACAGCUGAAAAGGGUGAUAAAGUGGCUCAAUACAAUUUAGGUAAUUGUUAUUUGAAUAAAAUUGGUGUUGAGAAAGAUGAAAAAAAAGCAUUUGAAUAUUAUAAAAAAUCAGCUGAUCAAGGAUAUUUAUAUGCUCAAUCUCAACUUGGAUAUUGUUAUGAUGAGGGAAUUGGAACUGAAGUCAAUAAAGUAAAGGCAUUUAAAUUAUAUAAAAUAACAGCUGAAAAGGGUGAUAAAGUGGCUCAAUACAAUUUAGGUAAUUGUUAUAUGAAUAAAAUUGGUGUUGAGAAAGAUGAAAAAAAAGCAUUUGAAUAUUAUAAAAAAUCAGCAGAUCAAGAAUAUUUAUAUGCCCAAUACCAACUUGGAUAUUGUUAUGAUAAUGGAAUUGGAACUGAAAUUGACAAAAUAAAAGCAUUUAAAUUAUAUAAUUUAACAGCUGAAAAAGGUGAUAAAGUUGCACAAUACAUUUUAGGUAAUUGUUAUAUAAAUGGAAAUGGUGUAGAAAAAGACAAUAAAAUAGCAUUUGAAUAUUAUAAAAAAUCAGCAGAUCAAGAAUAUUUAUAUGCCCAAUAUCAACUUGGAUAUUGUUAUAAUAAUGGAAUUGGAACUGAAGUUGACAAAACAAAAGCAUUUGAGUUAUAUAAAAUAAUAGCUGAAAAGGAUGAUAAAGUGGCACAAUAUAAUCUUGGAAUGUUAUAUCAAAAUGGUGAAGUUACUAAAAAAGACAAUAAAAUAGCAUUUGAAUAUUAUAAAAAAUCAGCAGACCAAGAAUAUUUAUAUGCCCAAUACCAACUUGGAUAUUGUUAUAAUAAUGGAAUUGGAACUGAGGUUAAUAACAUAAAAGCAUUCGAAUUUUACAAAAUAGUGGCAGACAAAGGAUAUGAUAUAGCUCAAUUUUGUCUUGGAUGUUUAUAUGAAAAUGGAGAAGGUAUUGAAAAAGAUGAAAAUAAAGCUUUUGAAUAUUAUGAAAGAUCGGCUAAUCAAGGUUAUUUAAAUGCUAUAAAUCAACUUGGAUAUUGUUAUUUUAGUGGUAUUGGCACUGAAGCUAAUAAAAUAAAAGCAUUUAAGUUAUAUAGUAUAGCAGCUAAGGCAGGACAUAAUUGCGCUCGAAAUAGCUUGGGAUUCUUAUAUGAUAAUGGUGAAGGAACUGAAAAGAGUCUCAAAAAGGCUUUUUAUUGGUUUAACAAAGCAGCAGAAGAUGGAAGUGAGGAAGCACAAUGUAAUUUAGGUGAAUAUUAUGAAUUAGGAACUUUCGUAAAUAAGAAUGAAAUUAAAGCAUUUGAACUUUAUAAAAAAUCAGCUGAAAAUGGGCAUAUAACUGCAAAGUUUCAGCUUGGAUAUUGUUAUGUAAAUGGAAUUGGGACUGAAAUUAAUAAAGAAAAGGGAUUUGAAUUAUAUAAUGAUGCAGCAGGCAGUAACUUCAAAGAUAACUUUGAAGAAAUAGUAAAUGAUUUAGACAAGGUUAAUUAUUGGUAUCAUAAAGCUGCAGAAAAUGAUAAUAAAUAUGCAUUAUAUAAAUUAGGUGAAUUUUAUGAAUUAGGCAAGGGUGUUUGGGAAAAUAAAGUUAGAGCAUAUGAGUUUUAUAAAAAAUCAGCUAAUCUAGGACUCGUUGAUGCUCAAUAUAAACUUGGAUACUGUUAUGAAAAAGGUUUUGGGACUGAUAUGAAUAAAGAAAAGGCAUUUGGCUUAUAUAAGAUAGCUGCAGAGAGAGGAAAUAUUUUUGCACAAAAAAGUCUUGCAUAUUUAUAUGAACAAGGUGAAGGGACUAACAAAAAUCUAGAAAAUUCUAUUUAUUGGUACAACAAAGCUGUAGAAAAUGGACAUUUAGACGUUAAAGAGAAUCUAAGUAUUCUUUUAAACAAGUAA